CGCGGGCAGCCCGGCAGUGUGGCGAGGCGGGCGGGCAGCAGCGCUGUGCUCCGCUGGGCUCCGCGCUCCGCCAUGCCGCCGGCCCGCCGCCUCCUCCUGCUCUUCCUCCUCCUCCUGCUGCCGCUGCACCGUCGCUGGGCGCUGGCCGCCGCAGGGCUGGAGUACAGCGAGGUGCUGCCCGACUCCUUCCCAUCAGCACCGGCAGAGACACUGCCCCACUUCUUGCGGGAGCCGCAGGAUGCCUACAUCGUCAAGAACAAGCCCGUGGAGCUGGUCUGUAGGGCCAACCCUGCCACACAGAUCUACUUCAAGUGCAACGGGGAGUGGGUAAACCAGAACGAUCAUGUCACCACUGAGAGCCUAGAUGAGGUCACAGGGCUGCUGGUGCGGGAGGUGCAGAUCGAGGUGUCCCGACAGCAGGUGGAGGAGCUCUUUGGCUUGGAGGAUUAUUGGUGCCAGUGCGUGGCCUGGAGCUCCGCGGGCACCACGAAGAGCCGCAGGGCGUACGUCCGCAUUGCAUACCUGCGGAAAAAUUUUGACCAGGAGCCACUGGGCAAGGAAGUGCCACUGGAGCAGGAGGUGCUGCUGCAGUGCCGGCCACCUGAGGGGGUGCCACAGGCAGAGGUGGAGUGGCUAAGGAAUGAGGAUGUCAUUGAUCCCACCCAGGACACCAACUUUCUCAUCACCAUCGAUCACAACCUCAUCAUCAAGCAGGCCAGGCUCUUGGACACUGCUAAUUACACCUGCAUGGCCAAGAACAUCGUAGCCAAACGCCGGAGCACCACAGCUGCUGUCAUUGUCUACGUGAAUGGUGGCUGGUCCACCUGGUCUGAGUGGUCUCCUUGCAACAACCGCUGUGGCCGGGGCUGGCAGAAGCGCACCCGGACGUGCACCAACCCCGCCCCACUCAAUGGCGGCUCCUUCUGCGAUGGGCAGCCCUUCCAGAAAAUAACCUGCACCACGCUCUGCCCAGUGGACGGCGCGUGGACGGAGUGGAGCAAGUGGUCGGCAUGCAGCACUGAGUGCACCCACUGGCGCAGCCGCGAGUGCUCUGCGCCAGCUCCACGCAACGGUGGCAAGGAUUGCAGCGGCGGGCUGCUCGACUCCAAGAACUGCACCGACGGGCUCUGCCUGCACAAUAAAAGAGUUCUAAGCGAACCCAAAAGCCACCUGCUGGAGGCCACGGGUGAUGUAGCCCUGUAUGCUGGACUGGUGGUGGCCAUUUUCGUCUUCAUUGUCAUCCUCAUGGCUGUGGGGGUGGUGGUGUACCGGAGGAGGUGCCGGGACUUUGACACCGACAUCACAGACUCAUCAGCUGCCCUGACUGGAGGCUUCCACCCAGUCAACUUCAAGACUGCCCGGCACGACAACCCCCAGUUACUGCACCCCUCCAUGCAGCCGGACCUGACGGCCAACGCAGGAGUGUACCGGGGCCCCAUGUACUCCCUGCAGGACUCUUCUGACAAGAUCCCCAUGACCAACUCCCCCUUGCUCGACCCACUCCCCAACCUCAAGAUCAAGGUCUACAACUCCUCCACCACCUCCUCUUCGCCAGGGCUGCACAAUGGGACAGAUUUGCUGGGGGGAAUCCCUGCUGCCGGCACCUUCCCAGGAGACAGUGGCAGCCAAUUUGUGAACAUGCGGAGCAAAGCCCAGCAGGGCUCCCAGCACCUCCUUAGUCUGCCUCAGGAACAUGGCACCAGUGCCAGUGGGACUUUCAGCUACCUGGGGGGAAGGCUAACCAUCCCCGGCACUGGGGUGAGCCUGCUGGUACCACAUGGAGCCAUCCCGCAGGGAAAGUUCUACGAGAUGUACCUGGUCAUCAACAAGGCAGAGAGCAGCCUCUUGCCCUCCGAGGGCACGCAGACGGUGCUGAGCCCGGUGGUGACCUGUGGACCCACCGGCCUGCUGCUGUGCCGCCCUGUUGUCCUCACCAUUCCUCACUGUGCGGAUGUCAGCUCUUCGGACUGGAUCUUCCAGCUGAAAACACAGUCUCAUCAGGGGAACUGGGAGGAAGUGGUGACCCUGGAUGAGGAGACCCUCAAUACCCCCUGCUACUGCCAGCUGGAAGCCAAGUCCUGCCACAUCCUGCUAGAUCAGCUGGGCACCUACGUUUUUGUGGGCGAGUCCUACUCCAGGUCGGCAAUCAAGAGGCUCCAGUUGGCCAUCUUUGCCCCCGCCAUCUGCACCUCCCUGGAGUACAGCCUUAAGGUCUACUGCCUGGAGGACACGCCGGAUGCACUGAAGGAGGUUCUGGAGCUGGAGCAGACACUGGGUGGGUAUCUGCUGGAGGAGCCCAAGCCCCUGCCCUUCAAGGACAGCUACCACAACCUGCGUCUCUCCAUCCACGACAUCCCCCACUCAUUGUGGAGAAGCAAGCUGCUGGCCAAGUACCAGGAAAUCCCUUUCUACCACAUCUGGAGUGGCAGCCAGCGAGCCCUGCACUGCACUUUCACGCUGGAGAGGUACAGCCAGGCCUCCACUGAGCUCACCUGCAAGAUUUGCGUCCGGCAGGUGGAAGGGGAAGGACAGAUCUUCCAACUCCAUGUCACGCUGGGAGAGCAUGCCAGCUCCUUCGACACCCUCCACUCACACAACAACAGUGCCCCCACCACCCAGCUGGGACCCUACGCCUUCAAAAUCCCCCUCUCCAUCCGGCAGAAGAUCUGCAACAGCCUGGAUGCUCCCAAUUCCAGAGGGAAUGACUGGAGGCUUCUCGCCCAGAAACUUUCCAUGGACCGGUAUCUGAACUACUUUGCCACCAAAGCCAGCCCCACUGGGGUGAUCCUGGACUUAUGGGAAGCUGAGCACCAAGACGAUGGCGAUCUCAACACCUUGGCCAGUGCCUUAGAAGAGAUGGGCAAGAGCGAGAUGCUGGUGGUCAUGGCCACGGAGGGUGACUGCUGAUGGUGCUCCCUUCAGGGGGAUGGCGAAGGGGGACCUUCCCCAGCACCUGUCCCUGCAUGGGGGCUGAAUGAGGAAGGGCCGAGGGCCCUGCUUCUCCCUUCCCACGUCACUGUCAGCCUUACAGACCAAUCCUCAGCGUUUACAAGCAAUUCAAGUGUUACACGGCCUUCCUCCUCCUCUCGGGUGGCAUUGGUGAUGCUGGAGGAACUGGGGCUUCUUGAGCCGAGGCAGUGGGGGCUUUCCUUCUCCUUUGGGUUCCUUCCCAUCUGGUUCUCCUCCUCCUUUGAUAGCAUUUCUGCAUUGAAGAGAUGAGUACAACCUAGGCAAGUGGCUUAUUUCUGUCAAAGGCUUCAGACAGCUUCAAAAGGCAAGUAGGAAAGGAAGAAAAAAGGAAAACAAAAAAAAAAAAAAAAAAAAAAAAAAAAAAACCCAACAGUUUCUUAGGAAACGCAAAUAAUUUAUUAUCCAGAUCUUUGGAUGAGUCCUUUUUAAAAAAAAAAAAUGGGAAAAAAAAAAAAGAUUUAUAAAUCUGUGUGUGUGUGUGUGUGUGUGUGUGUGUAAGAGAGAGAGAGAGAGAGGGAAGAGCACUGUUGUGGUCAGAGUGGCAGAGAGAGAUUUAAAUGAACGCUCUUUUUUUAGGGAAAGCGUGCGGUCGAGCUGAGCAAACUUUGUUUACAUGUCCUGGGACCCCAGGAAGUCCAUAGGGUUAAGUGCCUCUAUUCCCCUGUGCUUCAGGGUGAGCUGAGACCCUCCCCCAGGUUUUCACUGCAUGUUCCCCUUCCUGGUGGCAGUCCCAUGGAGUGGGGGCUGCAGGUGCACAGGAGGGCUGCUGUCCUGCUUCUCUCCCUGGCAUUCUCUAAGGAGCAGCACAGCACAGCACGGUGCCCCUGUCCCCUUGCUCCUCCUCCAUCGCUGGGCUCUGUCUCCAUCCGUUGUGGCAUCAGCAGGGGGUGCCAGAUCCAUUCACGAAUUCUUCCCCAGCGUAGUUUUGAGGGGGAGCUUUUAGGAUGACUGCGCCUUCAUAUAGAGAAAUACAAACCAAAGACUUCAGCCCGGCGCUAGGCACAGGCCAAAGUUGUUUUCUUAACAGAAACCCAGAUGGUGCAGUUCAUUCCCCAAACCUGGGGUUUUGGGAGGCAGGUCGGGGGGCAGACCACAUCCUCUGGGCUCCCUGGUUUUGGGUCAGUAUUUUGGCAGGGAUGCAGGGAGGAAGGUGUGGGUCUGCAGGCUGCUUUGGGGGAGAUCCAUAUGGGGCUGUCCUGCUUCUGCAUGAGGUCUGAGGACAAUGCCUGGGGGUCACUGUGCCAUUGCACAUAUCAGGGUUGCUGCAUGUUUGCACAAAGCCCGCUGGAAUUAUGGACAUGCCCCAUGCCACCCAGCAUUUUGAAGUGUUGGCUUCACAUUGGGGUUAGAAAACAAUGCCAAUGGAGUCCUUAGUUUGCUUUCUUUGAGUUUCUUUUGGUCCUGUGCUGAGUUCUACCUCGCUACCUUGCUGGUAAGGAAGGAUCUCUAGGCUGGGAGCCGGGCUAAGUGUUCCAGCACGUAAGCAGCCACUGGGUUUCCAUCCCGUUGCACCUCCUUUAUUUUCUCCUUUUUUUCCUGUAGUUGACAUUUUAUAACAGUGGAGAUGUUGCGUGAUGAAUGGAAAAGUAAUCGUAGGAUAACGAGGUUCAUCACAAAGGUAUGGUGUCUCAAUGAAGGCUAAACAUAGGGAUUACCUGCAGGUAGAAGUAUUUACUCGUUGAUUGUUGUAUCUUAGAAAAUUGUCUAUUAAAAAAAAAAAAGAGAGAUUUUUUCAGGUUGGAAGCUUGGGGUGGGAAGACUUCUGGGUGAAUCCCUUUGCCACCAAGGAAGGGUUUCCUCUCUCCUUCAGGUUGCAUUUCAGCAUCCAAUCAGCGACACCCCAUCCCUUAGCAAGGGAAAGAAGCAAAUCUGGGGAAAAAAUGAAGAAUUGCUCUAAGGAAGCAGCUGCUGACAUUAAAUAGGGCGUCAGCAACUCCUCUGAGGGAGGUGAGCUGCUCUAUUUGGGUGCAGGACGGGACACGUCUGAAUCUCUCUCGCUCUCAUUCUCACUGCCUGCUCCGUGGAGCAUGCAGCCACCCAUCUGUCCAUCUGUCCUUCUUACCCUGUCUGUCUGCAUCCGUCUCUCCUCCCUCUGGGGCCAUUCAGUGCCAGCCUCGGGGCCAUGGGCCAUGUGGUGCUGGCAGCGUCUGUCUCCAUAUUUAUACGUCCAGGGGAUGGGCCUGGGGGCAUCCUCUCCAUCUGCGUUCUGUUUAUUCUGUAAACUAAAGAACUGUAAAUAAAGUUUAGCGUUCCUAUUGUAACAAAUUAAUUUUUAUGCAAUAAAUUAUAUUUCCUAGUCUAAUAAUUAAAAGGAAAGAAA